AUGACAGGGUCAGGUGAACGUUUUACAGAUGUUGAGCUGGAAAAUAAACGUCUGCCAGCAUGUCAUGGCUACAUUACACAUGCAGCAUUGCCUCUUGAAGAAGCUAUGGGUGACCUACAUGUUCUUCUACCAGAAAUUAUUCGAUUCGUUAAAUAUGCCAAAAGAUAUUGUACAUAUCCAAAUGAGCACAAUUUAACCAAAGAUGAAGCUGCCACAGUUUAUCUUUACACCAUGGAAAUGUCGAAAGAUGCAUCUAUCUAUCGUAUUUUAAAUCAAGCACUUCGUGCUGAAAACCGAGCCGAAGUUCAUCCGUGGUUUGCAUAUUUAAAGCUUUUGGAUUCUGCAGCAUCUAAACUACCAGAUUUUAAAGGUAUUGUCUGGCGUGGAGUCAAUAAAGAUGUUAGUCAGACGUUCAGAAAAGGUCAAAGAAUAACUUGGUGGAGUGUCAGCUCAUGUUCAACAUCUGUUGAUGUCAUUUCAUCGUUUCUCAACAAAGCUCAGAGCACAUUAUUCAGUAUUGAAUGUUCAACUGGAAAAUCCAUAACAGCAUACACAUGCUUCCCUAACGAAAAUGAAGUUAUUCUAAUGCCGGGUACAAUGUUUAAAGUUGUAUCAAAUCCGUUACAUCAUCAUGGCGGGUUACAUAUGAUACAUUUGAAAGAAAUUACUGAUGAUGAUAAUGACAGCAAAGAAGAAGGAGCCAUUGGAUCGGUAACUUCACACGCUGCAACUGCUACAUCUGUAGCACAGAAACCCAACAAUAUGAGUUUAGGUAAGAAAAAAAAUUGA